ACAAAUAAUUUGACAAAAGAUAGAGGACUGAAUAUUUUUAGUUUUUAUAAAAUGUUGUUUUAUUCGUUCUUCAAGUCCUUAAUUGGGAAGGACGUAGUUGUGGAAUUAAAAAAUGACUUAAGCAUUUGUGGCACUCUGCAUUCAGUAGAUCAAUACCUAAAUAUAAAGUUAACUGAUAUAAGUGUAACUGAUCCAGAUAAAUAUCCUCACAUGUUAUCUGUAAAAAAUUGCUUUAUUCGAGGAUCAGUAGUACGUUAUGUACAAUUGCCAGGAGAUGAAGUGGAUACUCAGCUAUUACAGGAUGCUGCACGCAAGGAAGCUGCAGUACAAGCAAGAUAA